CUAGUGCAUCACAGUCCUGCAUCUGAGCAGAGCCUGGGAGGAAGAAUCAAGUAUCUGGAGUUAUUCCUUCAUCUCUGCAGUAGAACAAAGGAAUCAUGGAAGGUGCACUGGCUGUUAGAGCGGUGAUGAUGGUUGUGAUUGCAGCACACUGUGGAGCUAUGCCCACCAUUUCACCCAACCAAGAAGAGCUAUCUAAAGCUCAGGACUAUCUGUCUCAGUUUUACUCCGAUGUGGGUGUCAGCGCCCCCAACAGUAACUGGCGCAGCUCUCUAGAUUCCUUUGAGGACACUCUCAGAAAAAUGCAAGAGUAUUUUGGCCUGGAGGUGACAGGGCAGUUAGACUCCAACACCUUGGAGGUGAUGGCUCGACCCCGCUGUGGUUUCACAGAUGUGCCCAGAUACAGCCACUUUGAUGGUGGACCAAAGUGGAACAAGAAUGUGGUCACAUACAGGAUAACUGAAUACACACCAGACUUGAGUCAAAGUGAUGUGGAUGCCAUCAUAGUCAAGGCUCUGAAACUCUACAGUGACAUCAUUCCUCUGGAUUUCAAGCAGAUCGACAGUGGCACUGCUGACAUUAUGAUCAUGUUCAAGGGUCGAGACCAUGGAGAUUUUGCUCCAUUCGAUGGCCAAGGUGGUGUCUUGGCCCAUGCAUACUCCCCUGGAGAAGGCAGAGGAGGUGACACCCAUUUUGAUGAAGAUGAAAACUGGACUCAAACCUCAGGAGGAACAAACCUGUUCUUGGUGGCAGCCCAUGAGUUUGGCCAUGCGCUGGGAUUAGGCCACUCUCAGGUCCCGACAGCACUGAUGUAUCCCACCUACCAGUAUGUGAACACAGGGGGGUUCAAGCUACCAGAUGAUGACAGACAGGGAAUACAGGCUAUUUAUGGAGUCCGAGCUACAUCAACCGAACCUGACCCAGAUCCACGACCUGUGCCAACACCACAACCUGGACCUGAACCUACAUCCGAAGCUCUUCCAGAGCGGUGCAACAGAGACCUGAUUUUUGAUGCUGCAACCUCCAUUCAGAGCAGUCUUUAUUUCUUCAGAUUUGGACAUUUCUGGAAGAAGAGCAGCUCCUGGGAUGGCAUCAGUAUGAGGAAAAUUCAGUCUGUCUGGCCUGGAAUCAGCAAAGUCGAUGCUGCUUAUGAGUACAAGAAAAGCAACACUGCUAUUUUCUUUGAAGGGGAUCAUUACUGGGGGAUAGGUGGAAACACUGUCCUGCCUGGCUAUCCCAAACCUCUCCGCGACUUUGGCUUCCCUCCAUCUGUCACCAAGGUAGAUGCUGCUGUUCAUGUAUCAUUCAUAGGCAGAACCUUCCUGUUUGUGAGGCACAAAUACUGGAGCUACAAUGAAAGAAGGGGCAGAAUGGAUGGUGGGUACCCUAGAUUCAUUUACAGAGACCUCCCUGGGAUAGGCUACAGAGUGGAUGCUGCUUUUGAGAACAGAGGUUACCUCUACUUUUCAUCUGGAUCCAGACAGACAGAGUACCACUACCAACGAAGAAGAGUGCUGCGCACUCUGUUAAACUAUGCAUGGAUGGAUUGCAAAUAAAGAAAUAAUGACCCAAAUACACAUGCAUGUAUACACCUUUGAGCACACAAUAAUAACUAUAGUUUACUCCACUAACUAAUCUUGAGUAUCUUAAAGGGGGCUUUCUGUAGAAAACAAAAAAAAUAUAUAAUUAAAGAAAAUCUACACAAUGAAAUAGUAUAAGAACCCUGUAGGAAAUAACUAAUGUCAGUGUUUUAUUUGCAUGCAUCAAUUAAAAAAGUGAAAAAAGUUUGAGUUUGAAUGCUUCUUCAUCAGGUGUUUGUGAAUUAGCAAGCGUGGCAAAUGAGAAACUCUGGUGGGUGUUUAAACCCAAUCGAGUUGGAAGGAAAUCAUUUGUCUUUCAACUAUGAUCCCACUGGAGUUGCUGCAAAAGGAUAAAUAAUAAAACACACUCAGAAUUA